GAGGGCCUCCCUGGGGUGCUGCGGGGCGGGGCCCUCCAGGGAGGGCAGGACGAGAGGGUGAGGCCUCGGGCAGGAAGGAGGGGCCUGGCAGGCGCUGGGGCAGGAUAAUAAAGCCUUUGAGAGCCGGUGGGUUCCGAGGGGGCCGUGCGCCUCUGAAGUUGUUUCUGACAGGGCUUUCCAGCCUCCUCUGCUUCCUGCCUGGCCCCGGGUGGGAAAGGGCCUGCUAGGCGGCCUGCCUGAACUGAGGCCGCUUGGAGGUCUCGGCCCCCCCGGGCUGCUGUGCUGGGGCCAAGGCGGCAGCAGUCCCUGCCCAGGGGUCUGGGUGAGGAAGGGCCCGGCAGGCCUCGGAGCAGGGCUCAGGGAGCCCCAGAGGGACCAGGCCCUCAGCUGGAGGCGGCCGCCUUGGGCUUCAGCUGCCAAGCCCGUGUUCCUGCCCCUUGCCCCUGCCCGGCCUCUCCUGCUGGCGCCCCGGCCCCUGCUAGGAACGCCCUGGUGCCCAUAGCUGUCCGCUGCUUCUGUGGGUCCCUGCCGCCUCCCUGAGGGCUCCUGAGGGUGGGGCCAGGGUGAGGGUGCCGGGUCCCCAGCCCUGCUGGGCCGCCCUCCAGAGCCAGAAGCAGUGAAUGUCCUGUCCUUGGCCUGUGGGAGAGCUGCCUGGGGCCUUCCGAAGCCCUCUGGCCUAAUGGUUUCCUCUUCAAAGCCUCUUCAGAUAUUUUAAUUAGCCACAGAGGCAGGUUUUGUUUUUAAGUGGCCACAGGCCUCUGCAGAGGCCUGGGUUGGAGGUGAGAAGCUUGCUCACUGCCUGGGGCUGCAGCCACUUGCUGAGCUGGGGCAAGAAGGCUGGCAGCUGCCAGGGGUGAUGAGGAGCAGGACUGAGCGGGAUUCCCUGCAGCGGAGGCAGGGGAGGGGUGAGACAGUCUCCUCUCAGCCCCCGAGCUGCCGGGCGGACUCCGGGCCUCCUUCCUCCGUCUCCAUCCCCUCCCUUGCUGGCCAGCCAGUUGAUAAACAUUGAAUUUGGAAGAUGCCUUAGGAUGGAGGAGGACCAGUGCCCAGGCCUGCAGCCCACCCUCCCGCUGGGAGGCCCCUGAGAGCACUGGGGUACUGCUGCCCUGUUUCUGGGGACGCUUGGCUUCCCUACCAGCCACCGUCUCCUGCCCUCCAUCAGCUCGGCUCUAGCCUUGGGGCCUCUCGGGGUGGUGUCCCCGGUGACGUGCCUGCCUGCCUGCCGUCAGAGAGCUGGCGGGGCUGAGGGAAGGAAGCCUGCCUCCCUGGCAGGCAAGCAGGCGGCGGGCGCGGAAGCACCAGCUUUCAUGUCUCUGGCAGAGCCCCACUCCGGCUGCCUGCUGCCUGGGGGGUGUCCAGGGGCCGGCCCCUGCUUCCGAGAGGGACAGCGUGCAUGGGUGUGGGGGCUCCGGUAGCCCGGCAGCCCUCUGUGGCCCUGGCCCAGGAGAGUGCAGGUUUUCUGGGAGGGCUGGGAGGAGGCGGCCAGGAGUGAGAACAGGGAAUUGUGAGCAGUGUGGGGGCACCACUGUGGGGAACAAAGCCCCCUGCCCCUGCCUGAAACCUGCUUCCUGGCCCUGGGCGUCAGGGCUGCCCCUGCCCUGGUGUCCUCACACAGUCACUUCUGUGUGCGGUCCGCAUCCUCAGGUCAUGAGGAAGGUCACCCUGGGCUAGGCCCACCUUUGAUGUCACGGUCACCUCACUUAUCUCUUGAAAGGCUCUGCUGUUUGGGCUUCCUUCCAUUGGCUUUGGGGGGGCAAGCCUGGCUCCUAACACCCUCCGUUUGUUGGAGCUCUCAGGCUGCCUCUGGGGACCAUCUGCCAGGACACAGGCCACCCUUGCUGCCUGGUUCCCCACUCCCCAAGCCACUCACCUGGCAGGGCGUGACUGGCACUUCUGGCCUGAGUGCCUGCUGGGCGCCCGCCCCUAGCCAGUUCUGUCCUCCUUCCUUUCCACCCAGGACAGCCCCGUCCUGCACUGCCGUGUCGCCCACUGCCGGGGCCUCUCUGGGACCAACAGGCCCCCUUCCUUCCACCCACCAGGCCCUACCCCACCUGGACCCUCUGAAAUGUUCCUCGUUGACAAAUGGUCUUGCAGAAGGCAGGAUGGCUCCUGCGGCCCCCACUCCCGCUCUGUGGGUGGAUGCCCUGUCUCUCCCUGCCCAGGCACCGUGGUGCCUUCUCCCUCCCGGGCACCGUGGUGCCAUCUCCCUGCCCAGGCACUGUGGUGCCGCCUUCCUCCCGGGCAUGGUGGUGCCGCCUCCCUCCCAGGCGCCGUGGUGCCGCCUCCCUCCCAGGCGUCUUGAGCUGCAAGGGCUCCUCUCUUGGCUUCGCUCCCCGGAGGGUGGUGCUGUUCUCGUUGGAGGGGGCGGCCAGGCGCUGGGCCACGUGUGCAUGCAGCCCCUACAGAGUUGCUGCCCCGUGGGGGUUGACGUGGGCCUCCUUUCGGAAGCUCUUCCUGGCAACACUGAGUGGGGCAAGGGGUUGGCAGCAGAGGGGCGGCUGGAUUUGGGGCCCCAGUGUCCUGGGCGGCAGCUAGGGAGGGGCCGGCUCAAGGCCCUCAGGCUGUGUCAGGGCAGGGCGGGCACCCCCACUUCUCCCUGUCAGCCGAGGGAGCCAGGCAGGGGCAGCCUGAGACCUCCUGGGACAGUGCUGGUGGGGAGAGGCCCCUCAGCCUGUGCCUCCCUCGAAGGCCCUUCCCGGGCCCUGCUCUGGCUGGGGGGACGGUGUGACCCACCUUCCCUUUCCAGCCCCAGCUUGGUGACCGGGGUGGCUCCAUUCACCCUGGGUCCCUUGCUGAAAUGGUGCCUGGGACCAGAGCAGAGAACACCCUUCCUAGCGGUAGGAGAUGGAGGCGACGUGGACUCUGGGAGGCUUCUUUUUUGGGGUCCAUCCAGAGGCCGAGCCUCUCCAAGCACUGGUCAGCCUCCAUGCCGCCCAGUCUGCCGACCCUCCUCUCCACCAUCCCCUCGUCCGAGCAGUGGUGAUCCCUCCCGAGUCAAGGCUGGGCACAAGCACGUGGGGACAGGCCGGGUAGGCUGCCUGGCUCAGUGCUCCCUGCACAGAGGCGCAGACAGAGAGCCCAGGUGCCCCAGGCCCGGCUGCCAAGCCUACUUCCCUCUCUUGGUGUUCCCGAGUCCUGCCCGCCCCUUUCUGCAUGUCCCGUGGGGCAGUGCUGGUUGAGGGUCCUGGCCUGUGGGGGCUAUGAUGAGAACCAGGUGCCUCUCUGCAUCAGUGGCCUCCGAGGGAGCCCUCUCGCCCGGCAGCAGGUGGGAUGCAGAUGGGGCUGGCCAGGCCUCCUGUGCCCACAGCAGCCUCUGGGCAGUGUCCCCUGGGCCUCUGUGAGCAGCCGCAGCCUGGGUGUGAAUCUUGGAGGCCUGGUGGUGGCGGAGCAUGCUCUCUAUCUGGGAGAGGCUGAGACCACGGCGGCUCCUGGCGCUGUCCUCCCCGUGCCCCCUUCCUGGCUCCCCAGCUUCCGGCGCCUCUCCAGGGCCACUCGGGCAGCCCCUGCCCACCCCACAGGCCCUUCUCUGCUCACAAGGCUUUGAUCCCAGGCGGCACAAUUGGGUUUUCAAAGCAUUCACGGCCCUUGUUUGUGUCCCUGGGCCCCCGGCUGGAGGCUGAGGUUUCAGCGUUCCUGGGCCUGGCCUUUGAAGCUUCCUCUUAUUAAUCUUUUAACAUCCCCCAGCCCCACCCCCACCCCCAGCCUGUGGCCCUGAGCAGCCUGGAGCCGGGAGGGGGAAUCUGGAGCUGGGAGGGGGAUACCCCAGCCUGGCAGCUGCACCCCUCCACGGUGGUCCCGGCGCAUCCGCCAGGACCCGCCACGCCUGGCCCCACCUUCCUCCGGUGCAGAGGCCAGAGGAGGGAGGACUGUGAUGCUGCAUGGCUUGAGGACCCUCGAGGCCCCAGCCUUCAGCUGGCUUGGGGCUUGGGGUGGUCCCAUGGAGGGUGCUGGUCCCAGGACGCCCUGGCCUUGCUUACAGGGGUAGGGUUGGUGUCAGACAGGAAGCUGGGCGAUGGGCUCAUGGGGGCCGGGCAGGCAGAGCCUGCCUGAGGGUGGAGCUGGGGCCUGGCCCUGGGGGGGUGGCUGCUUUCACAGCAGGGGAGUGCUCUGCCCACACCCGGCCCCUGAGCCCCCCACCCUCC